UGGAGAGGGAACGCAGAGUGUGCUGGGCCCCCGUGUGCAGCAGCUGGCUCUCUCCACCAUACCACCGGACCACCAGGGAAUGUGAUCUCCCCCCUCCCUGACAAGGUAAGAAGCAGGGAGGGGGAAUAAAAUAAAAAAUAUACACAUUGAAAAAAAAAAUCCUUCCUCCCCCCCAACACACACACACAGACACACACACUACAUGCAUUAUACACACACUGCACUCACUACAUACACUAUACACAAUCUGCACUUGCUACAAACACACUACAUUCAUUAUACACACUGCACUCACUACACACACACUACAUUCACUAUACACACUCUGCACUCACUACACACACUACAUUCACUAUACACACACACACUCUGCACUCACUACAAACAUACUACAUUCACUAUGCACACACUACAAACACACUAGAUUAAUUAUACACACUCUGCAUUCACUACAAACACUACAUUCAUUAUUUACACUCUGUACUCGCUACAAACACACUACAUUCAUUAUACAUACUCUGCAUUCCCUACAAACACACUACAUUCAUAAUACACGCACUGCACUAUAUGAAUAGGAGUGUAAUUUUUUGUUUGUUUUUAGUGUGGGGGUUGGGGAGGGAAUCUUGGGUGAGUUCCCACACUUUCUUCACCAGGGCUUGAUCCCUGGAUAUUGGGAUAAAAUCAUUGGGGAGUACAGUCAUCUGCAACAGGGGAAUCAACCUUGUGGGCCUGCAGUAUCAGGCAAACAGUCGCAAUCACCUCUGUCACUUUUUAAAGUUCUGUCUGUUGGCUAUAAGUGGGCUGUAACUUCUAAAAGGCUCCUCAGCAGUAAGCAAAGCAUAGCUGAAAAAAACCCCUAUAAUAUCAACUGUAAUAGAGCUUUCUGUACCCCAGUUGGGUACCUCCGCCGACGGGUGCUCCUAGUGCUCACCGAGGACUCCAAGCUCUCCACCAGACACCAUCAGCACCGCAGUCCCCAUGUCCAGCGUUACAGCUUGGCUAAAAACUCGCCGUCUCCUACCCACCCUGGACCUACAACAAGGCUCCAAUGGGUGAACCUCUCUUCCUCCAGAGAGUCAAGCAGGAACAGCUCUUAAAAGCUUAGUGAUUAUAAUCCCUGGGGAGUAUAGUGAUAUAGCAAUCUCCAGGGUAGAUGCAGCUUUUUACCCCACACAUGAGACGAGACUCUAUGUUGAGGGUAAAACAGGAACUCAAUUUUAAUGGAGGCACACUGGCCUUUUAUGCAAGUUUCCCAACAAGGGUGACACCCAGAUGGACCUUGUUGGGCACAGGGACACAAAGUGUACAUGCCAAUAAAAACAAUGUGACAAUGAAAAACACUCCCACAUACAGUACACAAUCCCUCCUCUCUGCCUGUGAUAUAAUUAAGGCAGAUAAUGCAUUAACUUAAAGGGACACUAUAAUCACCCAGACCACUUCAGCUCAAUGAAGUGGUCUGAGUACCAGGUCCCUCAGGUUUUAACCCUUCAGAUGCAAACAUAGCAGUUUCAGAGAAACUGCUAUGUUUACAUUUGGGGUUAAGCCAGCCUCUAGUGGCUGUCUUCCGGACAGCCACUAGAGGUGCAUCUGCGACGCUGGAGGCAUAUUAUGCCUCCAUCGCGCAGAGCGUCCAUAGGAAAGCAUUGAGAAAUGAAUGCGUGACGCUAUGAAUGCGUGCGCGGCAAUUGCCACGCAUGCGCAUUCGGCUCCGCUGAUGUCGGACGGGGGAGCUGACAUUGGCGGGGGAAGACAGUUCCCUAGCGCAGAGGCCCGGCGCUGGAAUAAGGUAAGCUGCUGAAGGGGUUUUAACCUUCAGCGCCAUGGUAGGGGGACCCUGAGGGUGGGGACAUUGCACAGGGCCGGCCUUAGGGGUGGGCGAGCUGUGCGCCCUGUGGCCACUCACAUAUGGCCAGUGUCAGGCCGGCCCUGCAUACCCCUCUCUGCUGCUUCCAAUAUCUCCUUCACAUGCACCAGCUCCACUGCUUCAACAGGUACCCGAGUGGAGAAUUUCAUUAUUCUCCACCCGGGUCUAUUAAAACGUUCUUUUUUUUUUUUUUUUAUCCUGGCAGUGGGGGCAGGGCUUAACGAACGGCGGGGCUUAACAGGCAGUCAGACAGACAUGGCACGGUGUGUGUGUGUGUGUCACUGUCUGUCUGACUGCCUGUGUGUGUGUCACUGUCUGACUACCUGUGUGUGUGUGUGUGUGUGUGUGUGUGUGUGUGUAUAUAUGUCUGUCUGUCUGACUGCCUCUGUGUGUGUGGCUGUCUCUGUGUGACUGCCUCCGUGUGUGUGAGGCUGUCUGUGUAUGUGACUGUUUGCCUGCCUGUGUAUGACAGUGUGCCUGUGUGUGUGACUAUCUGCCUUUAACUGAGUGUGUGUGCCUAUCAGCGUGUGUGAGUGUCUGCAUGCCUGUGACCGAUAGUGUAUGACUUCUUGUAAUGGAGUAUGUGUGACUGUAUGCCUGUAACUGUUUGUGAUUGUGUGCCUGUAACUGUGUGACUGUCUGCCUUUAACUGUGUGUUUGGCUCUGUGACUGUCUGCCUGUAACUGAGCAUGUGUGACUGUCUGCCUGUUACUGAGCAUGUGUGACUGUCUGCCUGUAACUGAGCAUGUGUGACUGUCUGCCUGUAACUGAGCAUGUGUGACUGUCUGCCUGGAACUGAGCAUGUGUGACUGUCUGCCUGGAACUGUGUGUAUGUGACUGUCUGCUUGUAACUGUUUGUGUGACUGUCUGCCUGUGUGUGUGACUGUGUAUAGGCAAUACUUUCAUUAGUCCUUGGCCUUAUCUUAUAGUUAGGAUCGCCUUAUGCCUAUCCCACGCAUGCUUAAACUCCUUUACUGUGUUAAACUCUACCACUUUAGCUGGAAGGCUAUUCCAUGCAUCCACUACCCUCUGAGUAAAGUAAUACUUCCUGAUAUUAUUUUUAAACCUUUGUCUCUAACUUAACUGUACAUUCCUCAAUCUCCCACUAACUACCACCAACCCCAACUAAGGCCUUUAUUUAAUAUUUUUCGAUAAACUUAUAAAAUUAUUAAUUAUUUUGAUAUAGUGAUAUCUUUUUUACAUUGAUAUAGUUUUUAUUCUCUACCAUUUAGGAGUUAACCCCUUAAAGAUAAAGACUAAAUGAACUAAUCGAUUGAUACCUGGGUCUACCGGGUGUGAGCAUGGUUUUAAAUUUUGCUCACACCAAUACUUGCAUGCAAAUCCGUAAAAUCAAAUCCGUGGAGGACAGCCUGGAAACUCCUAAUGUCAUCGUUAAGGGGUUAAAUCACGAUUGUUUCUGUUUAUGCUGCCCUAGCCAAGCCUCCCCUUGUAAGGGAAAUUUUGAAACUCCUUUUCAAUAAAGUAGAAAGACUGUGCAAAUAUCACCACGGGUGCUGGUUUAGGUGUGGAUUAAAAGGAAUAUGGUUUGGACGAACUGACUGAAAAAUAUUUGCACAAAUCUAGUAAAAAUGAUUUUACUCCAAAAUUACUGAAUGGUGAGAUUGCAGUGGCAUGAUCUAUACACCAAAACCACUUAUGCUAAACCUGUUCAAUAGAUUCCUUUUAAAUGCACUUACGCCAAGCACCAUGACCACUUAAGUGAUUUUAAGUGGUCAUGAUGCUUGGAGUCUAUAUGUGCAUUUCGCUAUUAAACCUCUGUAGUCAAAGGUGUAACUCCACUGAAAGCAGCAUCAUUGGUGAGUCAUUAGCUAGCAUGGAACAAAAGUUCUGGGCUGGCUAAUGUAAAUUUUGUAAACGUUUCUGUGCACAGAUAGUCAUUCAUUGGCUGAGAGCACUUAGUUGACUCUCUCAGCCAGUGAAUGUUUGACUGGAUCAACAUCUGAAACUCUGCAAAAACUGGAUGUUGCAAGGCUGCUGCAGAAGAGACACAGUGCCCAAUGAGACCCAGGUAAGCAAGCAAACAUUUAUCAAACAGUUUGCCCCAAUUACUAUCAUAACAAGUAGAACAGACUGUAGUGGUUAUGAUGCUUAGACUAUCCCUUAAAGUCAUGUUUAUGUCCUGAUUUCUCCUUUCAAUGGACCUUCCACUCUGCAUCAAGCGUCACAUAUUCAGUUAGAUUUUUCAUUUUAUAUGGUCCGGUAUGCUUUGGUGCUACAGGAACGAUGCAAACAACCUAUGCUUUAUAUAUGUACAUUAUGAUGAAAGCAGCUGUUAUGUGGUUCUAGCUACCUUUAUGCGUUCCUUGGCAGUUCUUUAAGAAGUGAUCUUUAGAAUUACAAUACUAACAUGAUUGGUCUUGACCGGUGUGUUGUUUUUGUUUUAAAACCUUACCUUGUGGUCUGUUCAUUUGGUGACAGGUGCACAAAUUUACAGGUUAUUUCUUAGUGCUCUAUGUAAUGACAUGAAGGGGUGCUGCCCUGGAACAGCACUGUCACUUUAAAUGCCAGGACACAAAUGAAUAGGGUAAAUAGAGAUAUAUAUAUAUAUAUAUAUAUAUAUAUAUAUAUAUAUAUUUUACAGAGAACCAAAAGACAAAACAAUAUAUAUAUACAAUGCCACAAAAUAUAUACAAUAAAUCAGAAUAAGCACGAAUCGUGCAGGCAACAUAUACUGAAACAGUCCUUUGGUAUAAGGGCAGGAUUGUGCAGUUACCACAAGUAGUAGAUAGGGCACAGAUCCAGAGUUAUAAGACUAAUAUACUGACACCAAGAAUCAAGGUCAGAAGCAGAAUAAAUGAACAAGGCUGCAGGGUCAGGAUCACUGGUAAUAAAGCAGAGAACACGGAACCAGAACACAGGAUCGGAGGGCUCAGGAACGAAUGACCAGGAGGAUACAGUAACGCAGGAUCAGGAGGACAAAGACCAGGAGGCGCAGGACACAGGACCAAGGAACAGUAAGCAGGAUCAAGGAGCCAGGAGCCAGAAUCACAGGGAACUCGGAACCGGGGAAACAGGAGACAAGAGACCAUGAUCUGGCCAGGAGUGAGGGGAGAAACCAAACUAUAUAGGUGGUAAACAAGGACCAGGUGAAGUGCUAACGAAAAGAAAUUAGGAACAGUGCCAAACUAAGAUAGUGGUAAAUGUGGGUACUGCAUAAGUCAAAUCAACUAAGGAGUGUCGUGACACUCUAAACUGAACACUAAGGUUUUUUGCUGUAAUGCACAUACUGCAUAUAUUGGGCAUAAAUAUAUGUGUUCUGUGUGCUUUUAUUGUUGUUGAUAUGUAUGUCACAGUGACAUACCAUUUAGUUAGAUCUAAUGUCCUGGAAUUGUCUGACUUUUUGUAUUGUUUUUAUUUUAGCUCUCUGGGGAAACUGUUACACUCUCAGAAAAUGUAGCAUUUGUCUCAGAAGGAACAACAGGCCUGGUGACUUGGGAGGCAGCUCUUACAUUGGCAGAAUGGUCUAUUGCACACAUGGAUAUAUUCAAAAACAGGUACCAAGUCUUUUUUCCCCUCUAAUUAUCAUCUGCAUUCUCGUAACUCUGCACACUAGUUUUAAGCAUGGUAUAUUAUACUGUGAUAUUUUUUUGUAUCAAAGUUGCCUCAUCCCAAACUGUUGCAAUUGCAUAAGUACUUAUAUAUGCCAUAGAAUCAAAGCAUAGGAAUUUACAUUUUAAUGUUACCAAAACCAGUGAAAAUCUAUUACUUGUUGAAUAUUGCAUAACCAUCAACUGGAGAGGUAGAGCCUCAUACAAGAAAUUCCCCAUUUUUUGUAGUAUUACCUUUUCUUAGAUGGUUGAACGUCAUGGAGCUCUGUUACGUUUAUAGGAGCGAAAGGAAAUAUUUGAUAUACAAUACACUUUAGUUUUAUGAAAAUUAUAGAGAAAUGGGGAAAUGAUUAUCGCAUAGCUUUUUGUAAUAUUUAUUUGUAACCACUGUAUCUAAAGACAAAUACAAAUCUUAAAGGGACGCUAUAGGCAUCAAAACAACUUCAGCUUAAAGGACCACUAUAGUGCCAGGAAAACAUACUCUUUUUCCUGGCACUAUAGUGCCCUGAGGGUGCCCCCACCCUCAGGGUCCCCCUCCCGCCCGGCUCUGGAAGGGGGAAAGGGGUAAAAACGUACCUUUUUCCAGCGCUGGGCGGGGAGCUCUCCUCCUCUGAUCCUCCUCUUCUCCUCCCCGUCGGCUGAAUGCACACGCGCGGCAAGAGCUGCGCGCGCAUUCAGCCGGUCACAUAGGAAAGCAUUCAUAAUGCUUUCCUAUGGACGCUGGCGUGCUCUCACUGAAAAUCACAGUGAGAAGCACACAAGCGCCUCUAGCAGCUGUCAAUGAGACAGCCACUAGAGGAAAUAGGGGAAGUCUUAACCCAUUCAUAAACAUAGCAGUUUCUCUGAAACUAUGUUUAUGAAAAAAUGGGUUAACCCUAGCUGGACCAGGCACCCAGACCACUUCAUUAAGCUGAAGUGGUCUGGGUGCCUAGAGUGGUCCUUUAAAGGAUCACUAUAGGGUCAGGAACACAAGCAUGUAUUCCUGACCCUAUUGUGUUAAAACCAUCAACUAACCACCCUGGGCCCCUCAUGCAUCAUAAAUGUAGUAAAAAUCUUACUGUAUUCAAGCCAGAAUCUGUAACUCUGCAUGCUGUUAGACUCAGAAAAACAGGGAGUGUGCUGACAUAAUCAGAAGUGGUAGCCUGAUCCAAUCACAAUGCUUCGCCAUAAGAUUGGCUGAGACUGACAAGGAGGCAGAUCAGAGGCAGAGCCAGCAUGAUUCAAACACAGCCCUGGUCAAUCUCCUCAUAAAGAUGAAUUGAAUCAAUGAAUCUCUAUGAGGAAAGUUCAGUGUUUGUAUAUAGAGGGAGGAGAUACUGAAUGUUUGGAUGCAUUUUAGGCAGCCAUGACCCAGGAAGGAUCUCUAACAGCCAUCUAAGGAGUGGCCAGUGAAGUUAUCACUAGGCUGUAAUGUAAACACUGCAUUUUCUCUGAAAAGACAGUGUUUACAGCAAAAAGCCUGAAGGUAAUGAUUCUACUCACCAAAACAAAUUAAAUAAGCUGUAGUUGUUCUGGUGACUAUAGUGUCUCUUUAUCUAAGAAUAAGAGAUUUUCUUCAUAAGACAACUAUAAUUAAGAUUUCACCCUUCGACAAGAUUCUCUUUGGAGAGGCUAAAAAUAAAUCCUCAAUAGUAAGAAGAUCGUUGGAGAUAUUAAACCAGGAGUUAAACAUAAUACUAUCUCUAGAUGGGAAAUUGAGUUAAAUAAAUCUUUUUCCUGUCAAGACUGGUUAAAUUCAUUUGAAACAUUAAGGAAAACGAUCCAUUGUAUAAAUAUAUUAUACAAAUCUUAAAGGGACGCUAUAGGCAUCAAAACAACUUCAGCUUAAAGGACCACUAUAGUGCCAGGAAAACAUACUCGUUUUCCUGGCACUAUAGUGCCCUGAGGGUGCCCCCACCCUCAGGGUCCCCCUCCCGCCCGGCUCUGGAAGGAGGAAAGGGGUAAAAACGUACCUUUUUCCAGCGCUGGGCGGAGAGCUCUCCUCCUCCGAUCCUCCUCUUCUCCUCCCCGUCGGCUGAAUGCGCACGCGCGGCAAGAGCUGCGCGCGCAUUCAGCCGGUCACAUAGGAAAGCAUUCAUAAUGCUUUCCUAUGGACGCUGGCGUGCUCUCACUGUGAAAAUCACAGUGAGAAGCACACAAGCGCCUCUAGCAGCUGUCAAUGAGACAGCCACUAGAGGAAAUAGGGGAAGUCUUAACCCAUUCAUAAACAUAGCAGUUUCUCUGAAACUAUGUUUAUGAAAAAAUGGGUUAACCCUAGCUGGACCAGGCACCCAGACCACUUCAUUAAGCUGAAGUGGUCUGGGUGCCUAGAGUGGUCCUUUAAAGGAUCACUAUAGGGUCAGGAACACAAGCAUGUAUUCCUGACCCUAUUGUGUUAAAACCAUCAACUAACCACCCUGGGCCCCUCAUGCAUCAUAAAUGUAGUAAAAAUCUUACUGUAUUCAAGACAGAAUCUGUAACUCUGCAUGCUGUUAGACUCAGAAAAACAGGGAGUGUGCUGACAUAAUCAGAAGUGGUAGCCUGAUCCAAUCACAAUGCUUCGCCAUAAGAUUGGCUGAGACUGACAAGGAGGCAGAUCAGAGGCAGAGCCAGCAUGAUUCAAACACAGCCCUGGUCAAUCUCCUCAUAAAGAUGAAUUGAAUCAAUGAAUCUCUAUGAGGAAAGUUCAGUGUUUGUAUAUAGAGGGAGGAGAUACUGAAUGUUUGGAUGCAUUUUAGGCAGCCAUGACCCAGGAAGGAUCUCUAACAGCCAUCUAAGGAGUGGCCAGUGAAGUUAUCACUAGGCUGUAAUGUAAACACUGCAUUUUCUCUGAAAAGACAGUGUUUACAGCAAAAAGCCUGAAGGUAAUGAUUCUACUCACCAAAACAAAUUAAAUAAGCUGUAGUUGUUCUGGUGACUAUAGUGUCUCUUUAUCUAAGAAUAAGAGAUUUUCUUCAUAAGACAACUAUAAUUAAGAUUUCACCCUUCGACAAGAUUCUCUUUGGAGAGGCUAAAAAUAAAUCCUCAAUAGUAAGAAGAUCGUUGGAGAUAUUAAACCAGGAGUUAAACAUAAUACUAUCUCUAGAUGGGAAAUUGAGUUAAAUAAAUCUUUUUCCUGUCAAGACUGGUUAAAUUCAUUUGAAACAUUAAGGAAAACGAUCCAUUGUAUAAAUAUUUCUCAAACUUAUCCAUAGAUGGUAUAUGGUCCCUACGAAAACAUGUAAAUUUCAUACAAAUUCCUCAAAUGUCUGUUGGCAUUGUAAUAACGAGUGUGCAAGAAAAAAAAGGUAUAAACAAUAUACCAGCAAGUGGAGCGCUAUAUUGAAUAUAUAUAUAUAUAAAUAAUGAGGGGGUAUACUCACCCCUCCAACAUAGUGAUACAUUGUGUCCAAAUGUACAUACAAAGUAAAACAACAAAAAGAGAGAAUAUAGUGCAGAUGGUUUACAAAAAAAUAAAAAAUGAAUAAUGGUAGCAAUUGGUUGAAACCACUCACGUGGGUUGGAGCCUAUAAGCUAUUGGCUCUGUAAGUGACUCCUUCUUGCUCUUGAGGCAGCAACACACCCCUUUAUCCCAAACGAUAUUCUCCCGAAGAUAUGGAACAAACAGAGAGAGAGAACCUCAUAGAUGGUAUUGUACAGAUGAUGUAUACAAUAUAGUGAGAUAGUAAUAGAUAUGCUCACCUUAGACAGAGCCUUGAAUUCCUGGCUCUGAGGUUUGUUGGCAAUGUGCUAAUUUAUUGGGAUAGCAUUCCCCACAUGGUGUUCCUGGAGGCUAGAAAGGACUAUAUGGACUAAUAUAUAAAAAAAUAACAAUUUAUUGUAGAGAUAAAAAAAUAAUAAUAAAAACAAUAUUUAGACUUCUCAAAAGCACAUAAGCUAAAUGAUGGAAAGUCCAAGUAUAAAAGUCCAAACUCCAGCUAAACGCGUUUCACUCUUGUAUGAGCUUCCUCAGUAGCUGUGAAGUAGCCUCAGGAAUCUUCCACUUUAUAAGUGCUCUAAAGUUGAUUCGGAUCCUCCCUUUGAGGUCACAGGAUGUGUGAUUAUCCAAUCAUAAGGUCAGAGUCUCUUUCAAAUUUCUUAUAUUAAUCACCUGUAGUAAAAAAGCUUACAUUGGCUAAAUUGCCUGUCAAUCAAUCAAAAAGCUUGAUUAUUAUUGGUGGUUGGAUGGUGCUGUAUUUUUCAAAUUUCCUAUAUUGAUCACCUGUGGUAAAAAAGCCUGCAUUGGGGGGGCGUGGCUUAGCGGCGAAUGAGAGCGGUCGCCUGAUCUCGGAGCUCUCCCGCCGACGGGUGUUUACAGCGUGACUACACAGCAUACAAGCACCGGCAAGAGCGGCAAACAAGCGGGCAUACCCCCACCUCAUAAUGUCCACAAAGUCCGCCAAGAAAUUCAAACAAAAGACCCUCCAAAUGCAAGUAAUAGCGUCGCCGAAGUGCGGACAGGAGGAACAAAAUGGCGCCGACCAGCCCCAGUCCCCAGCCUCAUGCUCAGAAGGCGGUGAGUUUACCCUCACUGCAGAUGACAUGCAAGCACCAGCCACAAAUGCUUCACUACAGAACAUGCUAUCUGAAUUAAAGCACACCUUCAAAACAGACCUGAAACAAAUUGCUACAGAUAUCAGGGCUGACAUUCAAGCUUUAGGUGAAAGAACAGCACGUCUGGAAGAGAGAGCAGAGGAAACUAUAGAGGCCCAUAAUAGCCUAGCAGAGGCACACAACGACCUAAUACAGAGAGUACAAAGCCUAGAAGCAAAAGUGGCAGACCAUGAAGACCGGGACCGCCGCAACAAUAUUAGAAUCCGGGGAAUACCGGAAUCAGUCGGCUCCCUAGAUCUAACCCAAUAUGUAAAGGAAAUAUUUACAGCAUACGUUCCAGCAUUGAAAGAAACUGAGUUGCUGCUUGACCGCACACACCGCCUUCCAAGACCAAAGCACCUACCGACUACAGUACCGAGAGACGUCAUAACGUGAAUACACUAUUUCACAACGAAAGAUCGAAUAAUGCAAGCGUCUAGACGCCAAGGUCAGCUCCCAGGUCAAUUUUCCCAAAUCAAGCUAUUUAUUGACCUCUCCACUGCGACUAUGAUAAAAAGGCGAUCGUUUACCCACAUCACAGCGGCAUUGAGAGCGGCGGAAGUACAGUAUAAAUGGGGCUUCCCGACCAAGUUACUAGUAAAACGCAACGGCGUAGACAACCUGAUUCUUGAUCCUGAAUCCGGUAAAAGACAACUGUUGGAGUGGAACAUCCCAAUACCAAAUGACCCCUUGCUAGCUACGGAGGAUAGAUCUGCAAUCAAACUCCACACUGAAUGGAAGAAACAACCACGUCCCAAGACUACACAAAGACAAGUCUAGCAGGAUCAGAACUUCCAAUCGUGUGCUGACCACACGGUACGCAUACGGGACAGGUCGUAUACAAAGACUAUAAUAGUACAUGCUCCUUUCUUGCAAAUUACCAUGCCGGGCUAAAAGCCUACCUACACCCAGGGAGGGCGCCACUAAGGCCACCCAGAAUUGCUAUGAUAAUUUUUGUUGUUAAAUCCUUGCAACUGAUUUCAAUAACCACCCCCAAUGUGGCUACCGACCCAGAGCCACAAGAGAAUCCGUUAGAUUUGACACUGCACCGCAGAGGCGCAGUGAACGGAACGCUGUACAUAGUUGAUUAUUGGUUCAGUUAUUAUAUUGUUUUAACCCUUUUUAAUUUUAUAAGGCAAACCCCACAGACAGUAUGUCCCGCAUCCUUAACACCAUCUGGCACCAACAGGUUAGCUAUACAAUUACCUCCCAUUAGGGAACCUAAUGUUGGAAGAGCACCCUGUCUCCCCCCGAGUAGCCACAGACUACACCACAUGUCAGAUGGUACUUAAAAUAUGCUCCCUAAAUACUAAAAGGCUGAAUUCCCCUCACAAGCGCCGCCUAGCACUGCGCGAAGCAAAAUCAUUAGGUGCCCACGUAAUGCUCUUCCAAGAAACGCACUUCCAAUGGGGUAACAGACCGAAGUUUAACUCCCCACAGUAUCCCAUAGAUUUUCACUCAUGUUACUCCAAAAAAAAAAGAGGAGUAUCCAUCCUUAUUGGCAGAGAUGUGGCCUUCUCCCUAAUACGCAAAAUAGGAGAUAAAAAGGGAAGGUACCUUAUAUUGCAAUGCUCCCUAAAUAAUAAUGUCUAUACCUUAAUUAAUGUCUAUGGACCCAAUGUUAACCAAUGUAACUUUGUUGAUGUACUGCUUGGUUUGAUGUCUGCUCACGCACUUGGGGAAGUGAUCAUUGGGGGUGACACGAAUUUCUUACUAGACAGUGACCUAGACUCAUCAGGAGGUCCCCAAUUGACUGCACAAACACUAAAGAGCAGGUCCAAACUAGCCACACUAAUAUGCAACAAACUAACACCGCACAAUCUUGUAGACCCAUGGAGAGUCACCCAUCCCACAGAGAGGGACUACACAUGCCACACAGCAGCGCAUAAGACUUAUUCGAGAAUAGGAUAGGUUUUUGAUCCGCACCUCCUCCAUCAUAAAGGUUGAGCGCACAGACAUAGGCCUUAUUACAUGGUCGGACCAUGCCCCUAUUACACUACAGCUUAGGGAACAAUUCCCCAACUCAGGAAGAGGCAGUUGGAGACUCAAUGAACAAUUACUCGCUGACCCUGCCAUAGUUAACCAAAUAGAACAAGAUCUACAGUUUUAUUUUAAAGAAAACAAAACCCCAGACUCACCUCUACCCCAAAUAUGGAUGGCGCAUAAAGCUUUCAUAAGAGGCAGCUUCAUCAAGCACGCCAGCUACGCAAAAAAAAAGCGACUAGAAGCUUACACAGCCAUACUUUCUGAACUAACCUCCCUAACUCACACCAACAAACACACCCCCACAGCAGCCACACAUACCGAACUAUUGCGCUUACAAUCGCAGCUCAGAGAUUUGGAACUGGCCAAAACCACAUCCCUCAUGCGCAAGUUUAAACACAGCUUUUUUGCUACAGGCAACAAAGCGGGAGCGCGGCUGGCUGCCCAAUUGAAACAGAGGACGGCUAACUCAAAAAUUGCCUCCAUCAAGGAUUCCAGGGGCACCUUAAUUUUAAACCCACAGGGGAUAGUGGACGAAUUCGCCCAUUAUUAUGAAAAAUUAUAUAAUCUGAAAGAUGACCCACAGACAGUCUGCCCCUCUAAAGCAGAUAUUGACGCUUUCCUGGCAGGAAUCGACCUUCCUACCCUAUCUCAGAUGGAGGCGGAUCAACUUAACAAACCCUUCACGACCGAAGAGAUCACCUCGGUGAUCUCUACGCUCCCACUACAUAAAGCACCGGGACCUGAUGGCCUGCCCAAUAAAUAUUACCGCACCUUCCUUAACACCCUAGCGCAACCUCUUGGCGCUCUAUUUAACCACUGCAUGACAGAAGGGGCAUUGCCAGAAGAAGUCACAAUGGCACAUGUCUCCACACUUCCCAAACCGGGCAAAAAUACAGAUCAAUGUAAAAACUUCAGGCCCAUUUCAUUGUUAAAUAGUGAUGCCAAAAUCUACGCAAAACUAUUUAGCGAAAGAUUGGCACCGUUGCUACAUAAAUUAGUACAUAAUGACCAGUCCGGAUUCGUGCGGGGCCGACAAGGCUCUGAUAACUCGAGGAAAGUGCUAAACAUAAUAGCGGGAAUGGAGAGGGGACAAAUCGGAGGUCUUUUCCUGGCGCUGGACGCCGAAAAGGCCUUUGACAGACUUAACUGGCAAUAUAUGACACAAGUGCUGUGCAAGUAUCAGUUCCCCGAAGAGGUUAUCAGGGGAAUCCUGGCUCUAUACGCACGACCCAGUGCUAAGGUCUCCCAUGGGGGCUUCCUGUCACGCACUUUCCACAUUACGAAUGGGACACGCCAGGGUUGCCCACUAUCCCCCCUGCUAUACAUACUCUCCCUGGAGCCCUUGGCUUGGAAGAUAAGACAACACCAGGCCAUAACCGGUAUCACACUGGGGGACAGGGAAUAUUGUCUGGCGAUGUUUGCGGACGAUAUUUUCGUGGCGCUUUCAAAUCCAGAACAAUCGCUGCCCCCUCUACUAACUCUACUGACAGACUAUGGUAGAAUAUCAUACUACCGCCUGAAUAAGGAGAAAACACAAGCCCUACCGAUAAACCUACCAGGGCCAAAUGUAACUACCCUUAAGAACUCCUUUGAACUAGACUGGCGAACAACAUCUAUAACGUACUUAGGGGUUAAAAUCGCCGCUCCUAUUAGCAACAUAGUAAAGCUUAAUUAUAAGCCCCUCAUACAUCUAUGCACCACAGAAAUACAUAAAUGGAAGAACGCAAAAUUGUCCUGGCUGGGCCGAGUGAAUGCAUAUAAGAUGAUGCUUUUGCCAAGGUUACUAUAUAUAUUCCGCAUGCUCACAAUAGACAUCCAAGCCGCUAUCCACAAAUCGUUACAAGCCAUAUGCAACUCCUUCAUCUGGGGGGGUAAGAAACCCAGGCUGCCCCUAGGUCUCCUACAACGGACGACCCAAACGGGGGGUAUAGGCAUGCCCAACAUUGGACUCUAUUACAAAGCCUCUAUCCUAGCAACGAGUAUACACAUACACGCCCAAAAGGGGGUAACACAGUGGGUGGAUAUGGAACAAGACCAACUUAAGCACACCUCACUGCUUAAUUACCUAUGGACGCCGAGAACACUAAGAGGCCCCAAAGUAACUCUAUACCCCACCACACUCGCAACGGUCAGAGUAUGGGACGACUUUAUGUCCUCCCUGGGCUGGAGGAAACACUUCCACCCUGAAGCUCCCCUUACUGCACUACAUGCAGUGAAUCCUACGAUCCCACUAAACAGAUGGUCACGCUUAGGUAUAUCCCAAAUCCAACAACUGUGUACAGACCAGACGAUCAUGAGUUUCCCAGCCAUCAGAGACAGAUGGAAGGUCCCGGAGAGGGAUAUCUUUCCCUACUUACAACUGAAAAACACAAUAAACACACACGUCAAGGGCACACCUCACACUGGGCCUACUCCUGCGGUAGCAGCGAGACUGAUACCCCACAGAUGCUGGACAGCCCCGAUGAAACCCAAAGCCCUAUCACUUUGCUACAAAGCAUGGCUUGACCUAGCACCACAAAAACCGAUGACAUGCAAACAGCACUGGGAGACUGAGAGGGGGACAGUCAUGACAGAGGAAAGGUGGAUGCUGGCCCUAAAUGGGAUAAAAAAGUGGACCAAGUGCUACUCACAUAUUGAAGCGCAUCGCAAACUACUAUAUAGGUGGUACAUGACACCCACCAGACUACACAGAAUGUACCCAGACGUUUCCACCAAAUGUUGGAGAUGCGGUGUGGAAGAGGGAACCCUGCCACACAUAUGGUGGCAUUGUGGAGGGAUACAACCUAUCUGGGGAGAUGUUCAGACCCUGUUGAAAGAUCUCGGCAUUAGAGACUUCCCCAUGGACAUAACGACCUGCCUACUCUUGUUGUUCCCCGAAACAACACAAAAAAACCACACACAAUUGAUAGGGAUAGUUUUAAUGGCCGCUAGAAACCUGAUAGCUCUAAACUGGAAAACACCUCGCUGCCCAGCCAUCCACCAAUUGGCAGACAAAAUACAACAAUUCUAUAUAUACGAGAAAAUGUCCACUGACAACGCCAGGGCCACGGAAAGGUUCCAAAACACAUGGAAUAUCUGGGAGACAUGGUAUGAGAGACAGAAACACCAGGGAGGGUGAGAGGGGAGAAGGGGACCCAGAAGAGUCAGGGCGGCCCAGGGAAACAUGGACGGUGACUUAUGUGAGCUGACAUGGCCAAAGUACGCAGGAAAUGCUGGAUACAAACUAUUAUGAUUUGCCUGUAUAUUUGUUUGUGUAUAUACCUUUGUUACGUUUAUUUGAAUUGUAAUACCAACCCAAUUGAAGAGUAAUUGCAAACCAGCUUCGAUAAAAUGUUACAUAGUACACGGAGGCAGAUGAUGUUACUGUAUAACUUUAAAGUACAAAUAUAUUAUCCUGUAACCCGCUGAAUACUCGUUGUAUACACUAUGAAACAACUGUGUACUGGAUCUUUACCUUUGAAAAACCUUCAAUAAAAAAUAAAUAUUAAAAAAAAAAAGCUUGCAUUGGCUGAAUUGCCUGUCAAUCAGUUAAAAAAACUUAUUCUAUUGGUGGUUGGAUAGGGCUAUCUUUCUCAAAAUUUUUUAUACUGAUCACCUGUGGUAAAAAGGCUUUCAUUGGCUGAAUUGCCUGUCAAUCAAUUAAAAAACUUGAUUAGAACAAAUUCUAUUGGUGAUUGGAUGGGGCUGUCAUGUAUAGCACCCAUUCAGGGCAGUGGUUGGCGGAAGUGACAUCACUUCCGCCCUCCAACAUCUUCCCAAAUGUCAUUGUUAAUAAAAAAAUAAAAAAAACGGAAUGCAUAUUAACAAAGUGAAAUAGAUAGGUACAAUAACAGAGAGAUUUCCCUCAAAUAUAAAAUAAAAGGGAUUACCAAAAUGGGGGUCGAUUAAAAACUUACUGGAUGAGAGAGUGCAAUCAAGACAAACUUCUCCCAUUGGAUUUCAAGACUUCAUUUUAUAAGAGGACAUAAAACCAAAUGGCAUAAAUUUUGAUAGUACAGAUAUAAUAUUGCAGAUGGUACAGAUAUAAUAUGAUACUGUUGAAUAUAUGUUAAGGAUAAUUAAAGGAAAUGACAGAGUUCGAAAUCUAUAUUUAGACCUUUGGGUUGUAAAGUCCCAAGGCUAAAAAUCCAUCUCAUUUCAUUUUGAGCUAAAAUUUUGUUAAAAUCACCGCCUCUCCGAUUUCCUAAAGUUUUGUGUAUGCCCAUAAAUAUGAGCCCCUUUUUUUUUUUAUUUUUAUUUUUUUAUUAACAAUGACAUUUGGGAAGAUGUUGGAGGGCGGAAGUGAUGUCACUUCCGCCAACCACUGCCCUGAAUGGGUGCUAUACAUGACAGCCCCAUCCAAUCACCAAUAGAAUUUGUUCUAAUCAAGUUUUUUAAUUGAUUGACAGGCAAUUCAGCCAAUGAAAGCCUUUUUACCACAGGUGAUCAGUAUAAAAAAAUUUUGAGAAAGAUAGCCCUAUCCAACCACCAAUAGAAUAAGUUUUUUAACUGAUUGACAGGCAAUUCAGCCAAUGCAAGCUUUUUUACCACAGGUGAUCAAUAUAGGAAAUUUGAAAAAUACAGCACCAUCCAACCACCAAUAAUAAUCAAGCUUUUUGAUUGAUUGACAGGCAAUUUAGCCAAUGUAAGCUUUUUUACUACAGGUGAUUAAUAUAAGAAAUUUGAAAGAGACUCUGACCUUAUGAUUGGAUAAUCACACAUCCUGUGACCUCAAAGGGAGGAUCCGAAUCAACUUUAGAGCACUUAUAAAGUGGAAGAUUCCUGAGGCUACUUCACAGCUACUGAGGAAGCUCAUACAAGAGUGAAACGCGUUUAGCUGGAGUUUGGACUUUUAUACUUGGACUUUCCAUCAUUUAGCUUAUGUGCUUUUGAGAAGUCUAAAUAUUGUUUUUAUUAUUAUUUUUUUAUCUCUACAAUAAAUUGUUAUUUUUUUAUAUAUUAAUCCAUAUAGUCCUUUCUAGCCUCCAGGAACACCAUGUGGGGAAUGCUAUCCCAAUAAAUUAGCACAUUGCCAACAAACCUCAGAGCCAGGAAUUCAAGGCUCUGUCUAAGGUGAGCAUAUCUAUUACUAUCUCACUAUAUUGUAUACACCAUCUGUACAAUACCAUCUAUGAGGUUCUCUCUCUCUGUUUGUUCCAUAUCUUCGGGAGAAUAUCGUUUGGGAUAAAGGGGUGUGUUGCUGCCUCAAGAGCAAGAAGGAGUCACUUGCGGAGCCAAUAGCUUAUAGGCUCCAACCCACGUGAGUGGUUUCAACCAAUUGCUACCAUUAUUCAUUUUUUAUUUUUUGUAAACCAUCUGCACUAUAUUCUCUCUUUUUGUUGUUUUACUUUGUAUGUACAUUUGGACACAUUGUAUCACUAUGUUGGAGGGGUGAGUAUACCCCCUCAUUAUUUAUAUAUAUAUCCAAUAUAGCGCUCCACUUGCUGGUAUAUUGUUUAUACCUUUUUUUCUUGUAUUUUGCAUUUUCUUGUAUUUUGCACUUCAUUGUGGAUUAAGGUAUUCCACUUUUUGUGUUGAGCUGCUUUUAUUCAGGCACUUUAGUAUGUCAUUCACUAUCUCAGUAAGGGAUAGUUUUUGUUUUCUUUGUGUGUAAUAACGAGUGUGGCUCAUUUAAACAUAUUUGGUGGGAUUGUAUUGGUUUGGACACCCUUAAAUAAGAAGUUUCCAAACUUUUUGUUGAUCUAAAAUUUAAUAUUCCUUUAUCCCCUGAAAGAUUCUUAUUCCACCUAGAAUUGCCAAAAAUGGAUAAAUCAUCUCUGUACUUGACCAUACAUGUCUUGAUGAUUGUUAAUUUCUGCAUUGCCAUAAAAUGGAAACAGAAUAUAUCUCCUUCUAAAAAGAAAAAAAGAAUAGGUCCCUUAAUUAACCAUCCAACUAGGAGUGCCUUACCCUGAUUGUAAUAACAAAAAAAUGGUUACCAAAAGAGGAACCCAAAAUGUUGGAUAAUCUUAUUAAUUAUAGAGCUUGAAAUAAAAUACCAGCAAAAGAUAGGAAAAAAACCCAGAAAUAACUAUUAAAAUUGUAGGAGCAAUUAAGCACGUAAACUAAAAGGCCAUGCCCUCACCUGUAACCAGUGCUAGGUACUUGAUACUACUUGAUAUUUGUAAAACUUGUAAAAGCCUAAUAAAAAUGAAAAAUAAAAAAAAGAUUUUAUAUCCUGCUCUGUAAAUUGAACUUGAACCACACACUGGAGGAUGCAGCUCACUAUUUACAGAUAGUGUUUAGGAAGUCUCUUAAUCCACAUGCAGGUAUAUGCAACUAGUGCUAUAUUAACAAAAUUAUUUAACUCCUAAAUGGCAGACAAUUGAGCAGUGGGACUCCAUGGGACACAAUCUAUACACCAAAAUUACGCUUAAGUUGUUUUGGUGCCUAUAUCAUCCCUUUAAAGUUAACAUCCACCAUAUAAAGUCCACUAAAUGGUUUUAUUUUUAGUAGGGUAGGACAUUUUAACAGUUUAAUACAAUAUCAUUUACAGGUCAAUAAUAUGAAAAUAUUCCCUUUAUGAUGACAUUAAUGUAUAACAAAUAUAUACUAAUUUUAAUAUAGUUUAGAAAUAAAUAAUAAUUUUCUUCAUCUGCCCUUAAAGGACCACUAUAGUGCCAGGAAAACAUACUCGUUUUCCUGGCACUAUAGUGCCCUGAGGGUGCCCCCACCCUCAGGGUCCCUCUCCCGCCCGGCUCUGGAAGGGGGAAAGGGGUUAAAACUUACCUUUUUCCAGCGCUGGGUGGAGAGCUCUCCUCCUCCGAUCCUCCUCUUCUCCUCCCCGUUGGCUGAAUGCGCACGCGCGGCAAGAGCUGCGCGCGCAUUCAGCCGGUCACAUAGGAAAGCAUUCAUAAUGCUUUCCUAUGGACGCUGGCGUGCUCUCACUGUGAAAAUCACAGUGAGAAGCACGCAAGCGCCUCUAGCGGCUGUCAAUGAGACAGCCGCUAGAGGAAAUAGGGGAAGGCUUAACCCAUUCAUAAACAUAGCAGUUUCUCUGAAACUGCUAUGUUUAUGAAAAAAUGGGUUAACCCUAGCUGGACCUGGCACCCAGACCACUUCAUUAAGCUGAAGUGGUCUGGGUGCCUAGAGUGGUCCUUUAAGGGGUGUCAGAUGCGAUAUAGUUGGCAGUUUGAGGAUUUAAAAUUUCUAUGAUAUCCUAGUACGGAAUAGUUAAUUUGAAACCUGCUCCCUUAUCCAGAUUAGCUGUUUUCUGCCUGCAGAAGUUCUUACAAAUGACAAACCUUUGAGAAACAAUCCUUUGACAAAAAAAAAUCUUCAUAUAAUAAAAAGGUGGGAGAAUCCAUGGACCUUUCCAAUAAAUUCCUUUUUCUAAACAGUGACUAGCCCAUGAUCUCUUUCAAAUACAUGCUGCCAGACCUGAUAUAUUGUUAAAGGGACACUAUAGUCACCAGAACAACUGCAGCUUAAUGUAUUUGUUCUCAAGAGUAUAGCCUUUCCCUGCAGCCUUUUUGCAGUAAACAAUGUAUUUACAGAGAAAAGACAGUGUUUACAUUGCAUCCUAGAGACACUGAUUGACCAGGGUGGUGUUUGGUUCCUCCAUCAACACGCCUCCAUGGCUGAGAUCAUCAGAAUUGACUAUCUCAACGGGAAAGCAUUGUAAUUGGCUAAGAUCAGCACUGCUGAUGAUAUCAGCCAAGGAAGCAAAUCAGGGGCAGAACCAGCUCCAGCAGACUGUAAUAAAGGUAAGAUUUUACUAUUCUGUAUUUAGGUGGGGCAAGGGGGCUAGAUACAAAAACAUGUUUGUGUUUUUGACUCUAUAGUGUUCUUUUAAGAAUAUGUUUCUAAAUUCUGUGUAACAUUUUCAUUUCAUUACAUUUUUAGAACUAUUUUAGAGCUGGGAAGUGGUGUUGGCCUCACUGGCAUUGCAGUAUGCAAGAGCUGUAUUCCAAAGAAAUAUGUAUUUAGUGACUGUCACCAUCGAGUUUUGCAACAACUAACCGAAAACAUCUGCUUGAAUGGCUUCCAACUAAGUGAAGAACAAAAGUCCCAAUCUAAAGAGCAAGUCCUUUCAGAUACUGAACAUGGGACAUUUUCAGACAAUGUUAAAAUAUCAGUUAUUGAGCUUCAUUGGGAAUCUGUUACAGAAAAACAAUUUUUACACAUCCAAACUGAUGUGGAUGUAGUUAUUGCGUCAGGUAACUAUACACAGUAACAGUUUGAUAAUGUGUGUAUGUGUCUGUGUACAAUACCCAAGGAUUCUGAACUUGACAACUAUAUGUAGAAUACUUGCUGCCGUGCUAAAUCCAGCCAAAUAACUAAACAGCAAAAUGGGAAAGCACUCAAUGCAUUUGUUUAAGCAGGA